UGUGAGGUAUUUUUAUCAAGGUUCUGCCAGAAAGUUUUGUCUUCAACAAAGAGAAAUCGCCCCAGAAAUUCCAUUUAAAUGGAUUAAGGACAACAGUGCGGGAAUGGAAUCAGUUCAGGGACGUAUUAUUGCAUCCCGUGGUGGUGAUGUGAGUGAGAAUCAUCCUGCUGUGGGCAGUUUAUCGAGUUCCUCCACCCACUCAGAUGAGAUUUCGACAUCAUCGGAUGUUUCUCAGGCAAUCCCACAUGCCCUGAUCCGGGAACAGUGGCAAUUGGUACUGGGCCAGGAAGCCGGGAUGAUUGAUCUGCAGAAUGCCAUUGAGUUGUGCAGGAAGUUGGUGCUGGACUACGAGGAGGGGAGCACGGAGAGAAAGUGGAUUGUUCGACAUCUCGUUGAGCUGCGUUUCCGGCUGCGAGAGAUUCAGGACGUGGCUGAGGAUCCCACAGGAGCUGCCACACCGGCUGCAAGGGUCGUGUUGGGGCAUCACUUCGUUACAGGGCAGCUCAAUGUGACCACGAAGCAGUACUGUGAUCACUGCACGGGGAUUAUUUGGAGUGUUGUCCAGGCAUCGUACAUUUGCUCCGAUUGCUCCUUCUGCGUCCAUCACAAGUGCCUAAGUAGCGUGCUUCGGGUUUGUGCGCAUGUCGUGGCCACAGAGAGGAAGAUUCCCGUUGAGGAAAUUUGUCCGGAAGCGGGGCUUUCGGGGCAGAAGUACAAAUGUGCCGAAUGCAGCAUCCCACUGACAUUCACCAGUAAGUCCUCAUCCUUCAUGCAUGAAUCCUUCGCAUGCUUCGGAAUGAAGAAGCCCCUACGGCUGGAAGAAAUUCCCUGGACUGAGGCGCGUCUGUGUGACUACAGUGGCCUCCACUUCUGUCCAACGUGCCACUGGAACAAUACAAGCCCCAUCCCAGCACGGAUUGUCCACAAUUGGGAUUUCACGCCGAAGCGCGUGGCAAGGGCAUCGCUGCAGGAACUCCUCCUGCUGCACGAUAAGCCAGUCAUCAAUCUCGAAGAACUCAACCCGAAGCUCUUUUCUUUUGUGCAGAAAUUGGCGCAUAUUAAGAAGAUUCGCAGUGAUCUGCAUCACAUGAAGAAGUACCUCACGGAAUGUCGCCUGGCUGCUGGAGAUAAGCUAAUGGAUGCCCUCUCGGGUGCUCGGAGGUACCUCCUGCAGACCCCACAGAUGUACAGUGUGGCGGAUCUCGUGGCUGUGGAAACGGGAACGCUGCUGGAGUUCCUCACGAAGAUCUUUGAUACCUUUGAGCGACACAUUCGCCAUUGUCAGAUUUGUUCCGGAAAGGGAUACCUUUGUGAAGUCUGUGGGAACAAUGAGGUUAUCUUUCCAUUUGAUGACUGUUCCAUGCCCUGCCGGAAGUGCAACUCAAUCUACCACCGUGUCUGCUGGUUGAGGAAGAACCAGACCUGCAUUAAGUGUAUUCGUCUUGAACAGAGACGCUCCAGAGAUGCCGAAAUGCCCCAAGGAAUUCCCGAUGAUCCUGAUCUGAGCUAACAGAAAGUUCGUUAAUUUUUUAAAAAUAAAAAAUUGAACAACUAAA